AUGUUGUUGUUUUAUUGUUGUGUUGUUGUUGAUGUUGCUACUGUUGUCGUUGCUGGUGGUGGUGAAGGCAGUGGCGUUAGUGGUUAUGUUGGUGAUGAUUGCAGUGGUGAUGGUGGUAUUGAUGGUGGUAGCGGAGAGGGUGGUGAUUGCAGUGGUGAUGGUGGUAUUUACGGUGGUAGCGGAGAGGGUGGUGAUUGCAGUGGUGAUGGUGGUAUUGACAGUGGUAGCGGAGAGGGUGGUGAUUGCAGUGGUGAUGGUGGUAUUGACGGUGGUAGCGGAAAGGGUGGUGAUUGCAGUGGUGAUGGUGGUAUUGACGGUGGUAGCGGAGAGGGUGGUGAUUGCAGUGGUGAAGGUGGUAUUGACGGUGGUAGCGGAGAGGGUGGUGAUUGCAGUGGUGAUGGUGGUAUUGACGGUGGUAGCGGAGAGGGUGGUGAUUGCAGUGGUGAAGGUGGUAUUGACAGUGGUAGCGGAGAGGGUGGUGAUUGCAGUGGUGAUGGUGGUAUUGACGGUGGUAGCGGAGAGGGUGGUGAUUGCAGUGGUGAUGGUGGUAUUGACGGUGGUAGCGGAGAGAGUGGUGAUUGCAGUGGUGAUGGUGGUAUUGAUGGUGGUAGUGGAGAGGGUGGAGGUGGUGGUAUUGAUGUUGGUAGUGAUAGGAGGCCCAAAGACGAACAUUUACCGGAAAAGGUGCAGCAAAGAGCUACCCGUCGUCAACUCGCACAUCUUCGUCACCUAGAAUACCAUGAGAGAUUGAAAGCCCUCGGACUAGAGCAAGUUAGAGACAAUCAUUUAACGAAGACAGAGAGCUGA